CUCUCUGCUCUACCCACCUUCCAAGAGCAAUGGAUCUCAAGGUGGUCUGUGUUCUCUCUGCCACCCUCGUCAUAGCCCUCAGCACCUUGGCAGAGGGAAAUGCACCACCAACAAAAUGCCAGUGUAAAAUGCUCCCAAAGGAGAGGAAAAACUGUGGCUACCCAGGAAUCUCAGCAGCAGAGUGCAAGAAAAUGGGGUGCUGCUUCAAUUCUUCGAACCCCAACGUUCCCUGGUGCUUCACUCCUAAACAGAAGAAAGUUAAGAAAGUGUGUCCCACUGAUCCUUACGCCAGGAUAAACUGCGGCCACCCCGGCAUUACAUCCAAGGAGUGCACAAAGAAGGGCUGCUGCUUCAGGGCACGUCCUGCUGGGGUCCCCUGGUGCUUCUACCACCGUGUCACGGAGGAAGCUUGUUAAAGGAGAAACUUCCAUCAAGAACUUUCCAAACUUUGGAUCUACUUCAAUGGAACAAGAGAUGGAGGUCCCAGCUCAGACUUUGUAUUUUGCAACAGCCGUGAUUUCUAGACUGUUUUUACCUGGGAUUGACUCCUUUUGGAUGUAAAGUUACUGGUAGCUUUUAGUCUCUCAGUAGGCUAGUAUCGCACAGGUUUUCACUGUAAUAAAAUAACUAAGACACAA